CGGUUUCCAGGUGGAAGGCGGUCCCGGUCAGGGUUGGCUUGAUGGGCCUUUCUCUUGGCACGUUUCUCCCGUAAGCCCUUCAUUCGUGCCUCUUCAAACUCCGCAGCACUUCUGGUCACAGCUGACCUCCAAUUAGAGCACUCAAGGGCCAGGGCUUCCCAGCUUUCAGUGUGUAUGCCACAGUUUUUAAGGUUGGCUUUAAGUCCAUCUUUAAAUCUCUUUUCCUGCCCACCAACAUUACGUUUCCUGUUCUUGAGUUUGGAGUAAAGCAACUGCUUUGGGAGACAGUGAUUGGGCAUUCGGACAAUGUGGCCAGUCCAGCUUUUUUUCAGGAUUAUGAUGUGAAAACUAGGAUCAAGACAGAUGUUCUAUAAUAAUAAAGUGAAUCAGUGAAUGGAUCAUAUGGCCCAGACUCCUGUGUCCUUAUAUAAAUGUUGGAAAGCAUUUUUCUCUCUUUAAUAAUACUUUUCAGACAUUGCCCUUAUUAAUCUUCCUAUGAGAACCAGCUUUAACCUUUCCUUCUAUUCCAUUCAGUUUGAGCAUUUGUUCUGUUUGUCACACAGUGCACUGUGAUCUGUUCACUUCAGUGACACAGGAACAUGUUCAUAAAGAGAAACACCUUGUGCUAGUUGCCUACUUUGCUCUGUAUGCAGUUCAAAAACAGCCAUUUUUCCACUUGAAGUAUCAAUUCUUUGACAUUUUGUCAAAAAGCUGACAGGUCUUCUAUUUAAACCCCAGAGCCUUAAACCUGCAAUUGGCCAAGAGGUUGUUUGUGUGUGCCAUGUGUAAAAUCAUAGAAUUGGAAGAGACCACAAAGGCCAUCUAGUUCAGUCUAUCAUUAUUGGUGAACUUUUUGUCAUGCCUUAUGAACACUUUCAUAGAUAAUAAAGUCCAUUCUUAUAUUUCCUUUCUAUCUAGGAGGCUAUUAUAAACACACUCAUUUGGAAGUCAUCUUCCCUAGGAUUUACAUCAAAAUGAAGAAAUAUGCAGCCUGAUUCUCUUGAAGUUCACAUUUACUAAAAAGCAAGAUGCACUAAUAUCGGCUUCCAUAGAGAUCAUUCCUGAUUUAUGGCAACCCUAAUGUGACCUGAUUAUGGCGUUUUCUAGGCGAGAGAGGUGGGACGGGGAGGCGCUGGAGAGGAGAGGCGGCCAAGGCGACGCCGGGAAGCGCUCCUCGGGGACUGACUCCUCGGGAUCUCGUCGCCACCCGUCCCGGGGCUCCAGAAGAGGAAGAAAAGGGAAUAUGAGAUGGCAACCCACAUCCAUCGUUACAAAAAGAGCACAUUUCCUCCACUUCCCCCAGUUAAUUUCAAGACUCAGAUCAAUUCAAACCAAGAAAAAUCUGAAACAGGCAAUAAAGGGAGGACAAGAGACAGCAACAAAGUUUUAAGUGAUGAAGAGAAAGAAGCUCUCAUUAAACAAGCUCUGCAAGAAAAGUAUUCUCUUGAAACCUACAAGAAUCUGUGCAAGCUCAGGAAGAUCCUAUGCGAACGUUACAGAAUUUUGUUGAACGAGAAGGUUCAAAAGCAACGAAUUCAGAUCAAGAUGUCUGAUCUCAAAUUCCAACAAGAGCUUAAACGGAAAACAAAAAAGCAUCAUCCUGGUCAUAAAAUGCCCUUCUGCAAAUUCUCUCAUGAUACAAAAUACCUGGAGUCCAUCCCACAGUCGCGCAAUUAUUUGAUUAUUGGGUUGCAGAAUGAAUUAAGUAAACUCAGAAUCAUAAAGAACCAGCAAGAUUAUGAAGACUUUUGGAAACUAGCCCAGGAGGGCAUUCGUGGCUCUAAUCUCAAAGAAAAGCUUCCAGAUAUAAAAGCAAAAAUGUUUGCUGCGAAGUCUAUGUUUCUCUCAGCAUCAGCAAGAAUUCUCCCACAACAGCAAGUAAAUGGCUCUACAAAUAGCAGAAGACUGAAAAAAAGCUCACUGUCUUCACCGCAGUCUACAGCUACUUGCCAGCCUCCAAUUCAUCAUGAGGGUAAACAGAUGAACACCCAGCAAGAAACUGAGCAAAUGUUUCCCAAGUUGCUGCUCUCUUGGCUUUCUGAAGUGCAGAAGAGGCAUGGGGAGCCAUCCCAAACGCAGCAGGUGGUGACCUCUACAGAUAAUCUUCAUCAGAAUGAAACAUUUGAAAGACGAAGAAAAAAUGCAAAGCAUCUUCACUGUUUGCACCAUAUGUAUAAUUUUUCCCUUCAGAACAUGGUUCUAUCCAAGAGGCUUCUAGAAGAAAAUGGACAAUUUGUCAACAUCACAAAAGAGCAAAGUGUUCAUGAUCUGGUGGAAUAUUUAUUUCCAAGUAAGCAUGAAGGAUCUGAAAUGAAUCCAAACAGGAUGAUUGUACGUGCAAAGCAACAGGAAAUACAUCAUAAGGACUUAUCAAAAAUAUUCAGAUUUACAAAAGAAAACAAGGCAUUGAAGCAAGAGAAAGAGAAAGAUCUUGUUAAAGUAAUGGAAGAUGAUAAAAGUAAUACUACUUCUUUGACCAAACAUGAAAUGAUUCCUAUACCUUUAACCCUGGAUGAUGUUGCACUCUACAACCCUGUUUUGGAAGCCAAGAUGUUGGGCAAUUACUGGAUAAACUAUGCUGACCAAAAGUCCAUCGACAACUAUGAAUAAUCUUAAUUGCAAAUUUGGUCCACUGACAAUACCUUGUGGAUGAUGGUGGUUAUGAGAAUUUCAAGAAAGUAGUCUGAGACAACAGAAGUAUCACUGGAUUAUUAUUUUUUUAAACAAGUACUACAACAAAUAUCUUAGCUUCCCAACACAUUUGGGCACAUCUGGAGGAACUGAUCUGCUCUUAUUGAAUUGUUUGGGUUGUUUAGCCCUGACUAAGCCUUCUGAUUUUUUCCCAUCUUUAUAGACUUCUUAUUUUUAUGUUCCCUGUAAGAGAGCAUAUGAAUCCAGAAGAAAUUUCCGUAUACAUUUCUGAAUAAUUGUGCAAUUAAGCUUGGUGGAAAGAAAAGCAGAAACAGACAACAGACGUAACAUGAAAGUUUUAGGAUCACAAAAACAAAGAGAUUCUCAUGCAUGCUUUUCAAUACUUUUUGCUCUUCUCCUGACACAUUUUUAUAAUCCUUCCUUCUUCACGGGUUUCCUACCCCUUCUAUUAUUACAGUGUGUUUUCAUACAUAUCUUUAAAGAACAAAAUUAAAUUUACCCAAAUUAUAAAUAUUUGACAGCCAGAUAGAUGAAUGGUGGUGGUGGUGGUGGUGGUGGUUGUUGUUGACAUGCAGAGCUUCCAGGAAAUAGUUUUUCCACAAUCAUUGUUAUGAACCUUUCUUAAUUUUUAAAUAGCUUUUGUAGGAGAAACCUUUCCUUAAGGUAAAUAAAAAAACCUGCCCCUAAACCCCCUAGAUGUGUGAAGAUUUGGCAAUAUAUUGCCCUCAGGUAUGUUAAGUACUUUAAAGCAUCCUGCCUAUUUCCUGUCAUUAUGGCCUCACUUUCUCUGUUUUGCUCCCUAGCCUUCCUAUUUCCAUCUCACCUACUUCUUUAGGCUGCCCCUGCUCCAAACAAACAUCUUGUUUCCCCUUUCAUAGUAGCAAGAAGCCAAGUUCAUUUUGUUGCCUUUGGAGCAGAAUGACCCAGGAACAGUGGAAAUAAGUAUGUAACAAACAAAGUGAUCCUCUGCCCUGAUGGUGACAAAAGGCCAUCCCCUUCCUCAAACUUCCGUGUUUCAUAUUAUAUCAGUGGUUCUCAACCUGGGGGUCCCCAGAUGUUUUUGGCUUUCAACACCCAGAAAUCCUAACAGCUGGUAAACUGGCUGGGAUUUCUGGGAGUUGUAGGCCAAAACUAUCUGGGGAUCCCAGGUUGAGAACCACUGUAUUAUAUGAAUGUGGAAUAGUAUUAAUAAUGAGUAUCUAUAAUCUACUUGUUAUUAUGCAUCUUCAAGUCAUUUCUAACUCCAAGGCAACCCCAUCAUGGAGUUUUCAUACUUCAGUCUAUGUGUGAAAUGAAGAACAAAACACCAAAGUUACUAUUACAAGAUGAUGUUUCAAUUCAGUUAUUUGAAAAUUCUCUCUCAUCACUGGAGUGCACAUCUCUCAAACCUAAUUGGAAUUCUUUGAUCAGCAAGCAUGAGUAUAGUUCUUUAAAGCUGCAAUGCUGUUCCUUCUUUCUUCAGUUGUACUGGAAAAGAGACUCACACUAGAGUGGGGGUUGGUAGGCAAGAGUAUGGAGAUAUUAUUUUACAAGGUUUUAUGUGUUGUCAAAGCCUUUUAUGGCUGGUAGCAUUCUCUCUUGAUGUUUUGCCUGCAUCUGUGGCUGGUUUUCUUUUCAUCAGGAAUGAUUUAGUCUCCAAACUACUACUUAAUCAUGAUAUAUUUAUUUGGUAAGCAGAUACAGAAUACUGUAAGAUUAAGCAACAAACAGUUUUCUUUUUUAAAAGGGCCUUUGAACUUAGGAAGAUGCUACUGGCAGGGAAUUCAAAGUGAGCUCAGAAAAUGUAAGCUAUGACACCUAAAACUGAAAUAAGAUUUACUAAAAUAAUCAGAUAUAAUUAUUAUUUCUUUCGAAUGGCUUAAUUUUUUAAAAAAGCCCUGAUGGUUGAAAGAAAAGGCUUAGAAGGGUGUAAAUAACCACUGUUUGGGUAUUAAGGAAGUGAGAAGUGGUGUGUGACACAGAUCAGAGUUGGAAUUACUCUUGUUCUCACCAUCCAAGAAGGACCUGUUGAAAGGCAUAUGUGCCUUGCAUAUUCACAAAUAACCAGCAACAUGAGAAAACCAAUGAAUUCACUGCUUACACUUGGGAAAAACAGUUACUGCAAUAAUCACAUGUCUUAUAGCAAGCCUCCUUGAGAUCACUGAGUAUGCUCGGCAUCUACAUUGUAGAAUUAAUGUAGUUUGACAUCAGUGUAAGUGUGUUGCUUCAAUGCUACAGAAUCAUGUAAGUUGUAGUUUGGUGAGGUGCCAACAUUAUUUAUUAGAGAAGGCUAAAGACUUUGUAAAACUAUAACACCGACAGUUCCAUAGCAUGGAGCCAUAACAUUUAAAGUUGUGUCAAACUUCAUGUACCCUAAGUACCUGAGCAUAUAUUUGGAAUAACAGCAGUUCCUGCAAUUCAUUCAGGCCUUCACAGCUAUCAAUAAUAAUAAUAAUAAUAAUAAUAAUAAUAAUAAUAAUAAUAAUAAUAAUAAUACUUUAUUUAUACCCCGCCACCAUCUCCCCAACGGGGACUCGGGGCGGCUUACAUGGGGCCAUGCCCAGAACAGUACAAUAUAGCAAAAUAUAAAACAACAUAUCACAAUACAAUUAAACAAUACAAUAAAUAAUCAUAUACACUGCAACACAAAAUCUAUAUAUAUAUAUAGAUAUAUAUAGAUUUACAUAUAUAUAUAUAUAUGCGGGCCGCAUGAGACACUUAAUUAAAACUUGGGGUGAGAAAAGGAUAAGAAUAUAAUCACGGAGACCAGGGACAUAAGAUAAAAACAAUCUAGAGGGUAGAUGAUGGGGGAGUAACAAAAGAAGUGUGUAAUAGUUACUCUUCGAAAGCACAUCGGAAAAGCCAGGUUUUUAAAUCUUUCCUGAAGGCUAAAAGAGUGGGGGCUUGCCUAAUUUCGAUGGGCAGUGAGUUCCAUAAACGGGGGGCCACAGCAGAAAAGGCCCUCUCCCUUGUUCCCACCAGGCGGGUCUGGGAUACAGGCAGUGGCGACAGGAGGGCCUCCCCUGAUGAUCGAAGAGAUCGAGCAGGUUUAUGGUAGGAGAUACGGUCAUGAAGGUAGGUUGGUCCCAAACCGUUUAGGGCUUUAUAAAUGAUGGUCUGCACCUUGAAUUGGGAUUGGAAAGUGAACGGCAGCCAGUGGAGCUCCUUAAACAGGGGAGUAGAUCUCUCCCUGUAACUCGCCCCUGUUAUUAAUCUGGCAGCCGAGCGUUGGACCAGUUGUAAUUUCCGAGCCGUCUUCAAGGGAAGCCCCACGUAGAGCGCAUUACAGUAGUCCAGUCUAGAGGUAACUAGGGCAUGGACCACCGUGGUCAAAUCAGACUUCACGAGGUAUGGUCGCAGUUGGCGCACAAGUUUGAGUUGAAUCCAGGAGGACCCCCAAACUGCGGACCUGUGAUUUCAGGGGGAGUGCAACCCCGUCCAGCACAGGUUGCCACCCAAUACCCCGAUCAGACGAGCGACUGACCAGGAGAGCCUCUGUCUUGUCAGGAUUGAUCCUCAGCUUGUUCCUCCUCAUCCAGUCCGCCACAGCGGCCAGGCACUGGUUCAGCAUCCGAGGGGCUUCCUUGGAUUCAGAUGGAAACGAGUAGUGGAUUUGCGUGUCAUCUGCGUAGAGAUGGCAACGCCCUCCAAAACUCCGGAUGACCUCUCCCAGCGGUUUCAUGUAGAUGUUAAAUAGCAUGGGGGAUAGGAUAGACCCUUGCGGGACCCCACAGGUCAAUGGCCAGGGGUCCGAGCAGGUAUCCCCCAGCUUCACCAUCUGGGAACGGCCCUCCAGGAAGGACUGGAGCCACUGCAGAACCGUGCCACCGAGCCCCAUCCCAGAGAUCCUCCCCAGAAGGAUACCAUGGUCGAUGGUAUCGAAAGCCGCUGAGAUGUCCAGGAGAACCAGCAGGGUCACACUCCCCCUGUCCAGCUCCCUGCGGAGGUCAUCCACCAAGGCGACCAAAGCCGUCUCAGUACUGUGCCCAGGCCUGAAACCAGACUGUGAGUGGUCCAGAAAAUCAGUGUCAUCGAGGAACUCCUGGAGCUAUCAAUGCUUAAACAUGGAUCUAUUGGUAUGGCGGAGAACAGUUUUAACAGCAGAAGAGGUUGGUUUACCAAACCCUUGUCCGAGGUACAGUUUAGAGAGAGCAUCUAUGUCGAUUCUAUAUCCCUAAUACAUAUGCCAUUUCUGCCAAGAAGACAUUUGUCAUUUUUUUUUUCAUUUUCUUGUAUACUUUAGACAGACAGAACUGUCACUCUUGUGCUCAGUUUUGCCCCUAGAAAGUGCAGGCAGUGCCUGAGUUACAAACAUCAGAGCACAAAUGAUUCAUAGUUAAGAUAACAGAUAGAGAGAGAAAUCUACUCUUCAGAAGGAAAAUUCACUCCUGGAAGAGUUUUCAUGGGGAAAAGGUGUCUCAAUUGAAGCUUUACCACCAAUCCUUGUUUCCACAACAAACCAAAUUUUUCAAAAUCCAAUUAUCACAGGGACAAAAAGUGAGGCGAAAUAUUCCGAACAAGGGCACAGACAGCAAAGCAAACACCACAGGGAUGUUAACCUUUUCCUAUGCUAUCAAAAGCUAAAAGAGAUAUAUAUAUUUGGCUGGAAUUAGUCUUAAAAUAUAUCUGUUCUAACUUAUAUACAAAUUCAGCUUUAAAAUAAACCUACAGAACCUAUCUUGUUCAUAACUUGGGGCUUCCUGUACUGAAGGUGUGCAAUAUGCUCUACCCAUCUGCAGUCUAACAAUGAAUUUUGAGGCAAGGCUGUGAAUGUAUUGGUUAGGAUUCAAAACACUGUUUUAUGCACAAGGCUUUCUUUUGGGAAGGGGGGGCUUAUUUACUUUUGUGUCUUCUAAAAGCUCUCCAGUCAAAAUGCAGUGAAUGGCUGGGAAUAUUCCUUCCCUUUGAAGAAAGAAAGGAACUCCAUUCUCUGAGUUGUUUUGGUAUUUUUGGAACCUUAUUGGGAUAGCUAGAAGCUCUGGAAACAAAAUCCCAUGGAAUUUCCAGACUAGUAAAUAAACUCAUAAAUACUUUAGUAGUGAAAAUGUAAUUGUACUUCAGAAUGGGAAAACUGCAUGCUAUAUUUCAAUUCAAUAGUAUUUCAUAUAGUCCAAAUAAAACAAGUGAUGUUCACUAUAGUAGAAUGCGAAAUUCUUUCUUUCCAAGCUAAAGUGUUGGUGACUGAAAAAGUAGUAUAUUUAACAAAUAGAAUAAUUAGUAUUCACAAGCAGAAGGUGAACAACAACUAGUCUAGCAGAAAUGUAUAGCAGGAUUAGUCAUCUUUGCAUAUUUCCUUCCUCAGAAAAUCCUAUGAAGUUUAUAGAGUUGCCAUAGGUUGAUAGGUGAGUCAAUGUGAUUCAGUAUCCUUAAAACCAGCAGAACGAAACUGAUUUAAAUCCAACAACUUGUUUUGCUCUAUCAUGUUUUGGAUGUCUUGCCUCUCUAGCACUUCCCUUCGCUUCUCAUACCUUUCCUUUUGAUCAGGCCUUAAUAUGAGCUCUGGCCACUCCUCUUUAAAGAAGAAGAAGAAACUCGAGGAAAGGGGUGGGAAUCAGAGGAUGGAGGAGUGGUGAAAGGAAACCUGUAAAUCCUCACCUUUUGGCUGUCUCAAGUACUUGUCUGCCUCAAAGCUUAAUACGAUGCAAUUAAUGAACAGGCAGCCUCCGCCCUUCCAGCCAGCCUCCGCCCUUCCUGCCACGUCUGAAGGCAAAGGUGCUGACAGGGUGACACCUUCUUUGAAGGAAUUCUUUUUUAUGGGAGGAAAAGACAGAAAGUGUUUCGGUGGCUCUCCAUGUCAGUGUCUCCAUGUUAGCUUCCAUUGGAAACGACUAGAAACCAAAAAUGGAAAAUAAUCUCUUUAUAUCCUUGAGGACUAAUGGUUACGUUGUUCCUUUAUUGUGCAUUGGCAGCAAUUAUUUAAAAAUGUUCUAUGUACUUAAAAUGUGUUCCAAAUAUUUUCACUUUUCCUAUGAAUUAUCGAUCAAUGAUA